AUGAACGAGGUCAGGAGGGUAGACCACGACGUGAUCUACGUCAGAGAUCUGAGGCCGCGCAAGGGCACGAACAUGAUCAAGGCUAACGGCAUGAAGGCGUACAUACGUCUUCUACUACAUGUUUGGAUGAGGAAUACACCUGACGUUAUAGUGGCGGAGAUGACAGGGAACGGGAACUUGGUCUACCUCGACACCCUGGCCAGGAACGGCAUCCAUGUCCCGCAGUCGAGGAGCUACGUCUCCACGCCAACCACCAUGUUCGAGAUGCCACCUAUGAUCGUGAGGGGCGGCCGGACCGACCGCUCAAAGAUGCCUAAGCAUGUACUCACGACCAUUCCCAACAACGGGUUGGUGUGCGCGACCAGCUUCAGGACCUUGCGACCGAAGAGGCCCACGAUCGAGUUACUGUACACGAAUGGCUACCUGUACAUGAACUCGAACAGAUGUAUGACCAACGCGUCUGUCAGCAGGAAGAUCAUCGUCGUCUUCAGCGCGGGUAGGCUCCAGGAGAUGAACGAGAUGAAGACCAGUAACCUCCCUUACAUCGCGAUCGACCCCGAGAUCCAACAUCAAGUUCAUCACCAGGUCCAUGUGGAACUUGAAGAUCAUGACGUACGACACCAACACGAGUAUAUCCAGGUGACGGGAACCCUAGCGGUGUCCCCCUCCAGCACCCCGUACCAUACUAGGGCCAUCAAUACGCUAAGGAGCAUGAGCAUCAGCACGUUCGGAUGUGGGUACAUCCACGACUACAUGCCCAGGGACGGCGUCGGAAUGCCGCCCACGACCAUGAACAUGAUCAGGGUGGCGACUAGGAGCGGCCAUACAAAGAUGAUUGUGAGGUUGGUUUUCGAUCAGGGACGCAUAUCCCGAGCUGUAGACGAACGUGGACUCGAGUACCGCAGCAAUCGUGUCCAGAGCCGUACUCAUGUACUAGUCAGGUACCUCAACAUCGUGGCAGGCUUAGUCUGGUCGUUAAGCAUCCCUACGGUGGCGUACCUGUUCAUCUUCGUGACUGAGUACCUGACCGCAACUAAGGCCGUAGGUGGUUUCGAGAGAGGGCAGUCACAGAAGUACCGGAUCGCCCUGCACAACAAGCACACGGUCACGACUGACUUGUUGGAGCUGACGACGGCCACGGUCGCGUAG